AUGAAUUUUGAUGGCUGGGAGAAAUUAAUUGAGAAGGAGAUUGCUUUACUGCCCUUCUCAGUAUCAGAAACACGCUUAGUUGCAAUGAUUCAAUAUUGGGACGCGGCUUGUACCUCCGUGUACACCUGUAUCAGGAGCUUACUUGGCGGGCUAUCCGAGAUGAGGCCUAAUAUUCCAUCUGCUGUGGGUGUUCGUCCAGAGAGGCCAUACAGCCCUGGACACUAUUACUUUAACAGCGGUGUACUGUCUCUUUUAAUAUCAUACUGGUGGCUUCCUAUUCGAAUUCUGCACCAAGGUACGCCUUUCGCAGUGGCACCCAUGCGUCACUCACUUAUGGCAACAGAAUUGAUUAUCAAUACGGAGAAGGGCGACGUAGCCGUAUACGCGGGCAGCGGAGAUCAGUCGAAAGCUUUCCACUCGUUCAAGCAGAUGAUCCGAGGUCCAUUGGCAGAAAAGAAGCGGGAUAACCAUGGCAGAACGAUCAUCAACUUGCCCGAUCACGAUCCUGCCGCCAUGGAUGCACUUCUUGCCAUCGCACAUGCUCGGGACUGUACCGCUGGGGAUGAUGACUUGUGCUGGGAACGAUUCCUGUUCAUCGCAUGGGAGUUGGGCGAUGCAGGAUGGGCCAAAGAACUCAUUAUGAUGCUUGCCAUGUCUGACACGUCCAAACCGCUAUAUUUCCUCCAAUUCGACUCCAUAACUGGCAUCGACACACAAGAUGAUUGCAACACAUAUCGUAAAGGUCAAUUUGAAGAACAGUUUUGGAAUCGCGGCUGGACAUCAAUCCCAACAACAGAGGAGUGGCGCGGUGACCCAAUAACUUUGUUGCUCGAGCUGAGCGCAUUCGUUCCUAAGCCAAUCAAAUCGCACAAGGGGUUAUGCGGAAAAAAAACUCGCAAUGAUUUCGAACUGGAGAUGUGA